GGUCCAGCCCUAAACAGAGUACUCACUGUGGAAUGACAGGCAUUCCUCCUCCUCGGAGAGAGCUGGCAUGGGAGCUUGCUUCUGAGGAUCACAUCAAGUGCCCAGGCCAGGGGUACAGGAAAUAGAAGUGGUGUGUGGAGAGGAAGGGGAUUUUGACCAACACCCCUGUCCAGUUUCCUGAGCUUGCUCCGUUUUUGUCUGGAGAACAGAGAACUUUUUUUACGCAGAGGAAUUCAUUUGCCGCUUCUCAGACUUAUGUCUGUUUCCGGAAUAGGCGCUCCUUUUUUCUGUUUUCUUUCCCUGAGCCUCCCUUGAAGACUCACAUAAUGGGGCAGACGCGCUACUCAAGACCGGUAGAUCCAGCUCCCUCAGCUGAAGAGGUGGAUCAACCAUCACAGGAUACUGGAAUUGUGACCGAUGUUCUGGAAUCUGGUGACACAACCCCUCCAUCAAAGAGAAGGAGCAAGUUUGCAGGUUUUGGCAAAAUCUUUAAGCCUUGGAAGUGGAGGAAAAAGAAAACCAGUGGCAAGUUCAAGGAGACAUCAGAAGUUUUAGAGCGAAAGAUUUCAAUGCGAAAGCCCAGAGAGGAGCUCAUUAAAAGAGGCGUUCUGUUGGAAGAUCUUGAACAGGAAACAGAUGGUGAAGAACCAGACAAAUUAAACCACACCAGCUUGAAAAAUGGACAUACCAUCCCCAUUGACUGUUCUGGUAUUGUCAACCUUGCCCACCUGGAAGAAGAGACUGGAAAAAGAGCAAGUCUUAAGAAGCCAAUCCCACCUGAGGAAUCGAAGAAAUUGCAAGGAACAUUCAGCAGUGAUCUCAGUUCAGAAGAGAAACAAAACCAUGAGCCUCAUGCCCCAAAACAGCCACUGCUUCCUCCAAAGCGACCGUUGUCAUCUUCUUCUCAGGAGACCACUGAUGUGCAGGCAAGAGAUCUUGCCUCUGCCAGCAGCACUGCAAGGACUAUGUCUUCCUCUACAGCUCCCACAACGACGACAAAAGGAGUGAAUGUUUCCAUUGCUCCUUCCCCGGCCCCCAGGACUGUGCUCCCUGUUCUGGCAAAUGCUCACACUACAGCUGCCGUGAGUUCUGCUGUGCCUGCAAAACAGCCUCCAGUCCCACCUCCUAAGCCGGUUAAUAGGAAUAGCAACCCCUUAAUAGCUGAAUUAUCUCAAGCUAUUUCCAGUGGCACAGCACUGUCAAAGCCCUCUCCGCCUUUGCCCCCCAAGAGAGGCGUCCCAUUGAAUACAUCUUCAGUGGCCGAAUCAGCUGCCACUCCCAAGUCAUCGAAUGAGAAGAUCAUGCCACCUUACCCUUCCUCACUACCACCGUACAUGUUUCCGCCUCACUCACCCUCCUCCCUUUCAUCCCCUUUGCCCCCACAUAUUGCCUCAGAGCCCCCAUAUGUACCACCACCUCCUACCUCCAUCCAUGAGGCAGAGCUUCCUGUUUCCACAGAACUGUGGGUGGAGGCCCAACAGGAUGGGCUGCCAGUGGCAGAUAUGGCCAAGAGAUUGCCUGAGCAAGGAUUCAGGGAGCCUCACAUGAUUCCCCGGCUGCCCCAACUUCCGCUGCACAUUCGCAUCCAGCAGGCGCUGACCAGCCCGCUGCCAGCCACCCCGCCUGCCGAUGGCUCGUACAGGGCUCACUCACUGCUCUUUGAGAAUGACAGCUACAGUGACGACAACAGUAGCCUGGCCAGGACAAGAUCGUUGCCAGUGACCAUAGAAAUGCUGAAAGUUCCAGAUGAUGAGGAAGAGGACCAAGAAGAAGGCGUUCAUCAUUCCAAUUCUUCCAGUACCAGCGUUUACAUUGGAGAUACCCCGACCGUUACAGUAAUUCCCAGGCUCAUACUCCAGACUGUGCAGGAUGAAGAGGAGGGGCCAAGUGAUUCGGACUCCGAGGGACCAAUUCUGUAUAAGGAGGAAGAGGAAGACGAGGAAGAUGAAAGCCAAAACACUGCACUCGCCAAUAAAGUGAAAAGGAAAGAUACUCUGGCCAUGAAAAUGGGUGGUAUGGUCCCCCAGCGUGAAUCUCUAGCAGAGAACACAUUUCCUCGGAAAAGCAAGGAAGAAUGGAAUGAAAUUCGGCAGCAAAUUGGAACAACACUGAUCAGGCGGCUAAGUCAGAGGCCAACACCAGAAGAACUGGAGCAAAGGAAUAUACUCCAACAAAAAAAUGAGGCUGAUCGUCAGGCUGAAAAACGGGAGAUAAAACGGAGGCUGACCAGAAAGCUUAGUCAAAGGCCGACUGUGGCCGAACUUCAAGCCAGGAAGAUUCUGAGAUUUCACGAAUAUGUGGAGGUGACAGACGCCCAAGACUAUGACAGACGAGCCGAUAAGCCGUGGACAAAGCUAACCCCUGCUGACAAGGCGGCAAUUCGGAAGGAACUAAAUGAGUUCAAAAGCUCUGAAAUGGAAGUCCACGAGGACAGCAAACAGUUCACACGAUAUCAUCGGCCGUGAAUGUUUCAGAAAAUGCCAGAAGAGGAGAAACUUUGGAAUGCUCACUGCUUUCUUCUUCCAAGUCAAAAAAAGGACUUGAGGCUUGCUUAAGAUUUGCCUUGAUAACAUAUCCAGGAAAUGACGCUUCCUUCUCCAAGGAAUGGAGAAGGGGAGGGCAGAAUCCUGCCCAAAAGAAGCCUUUUGUUGGGAGGAGUUUGCCUCAAGUGCCAUCACAUCACACAAGAAAAGCAAACACGAAACUCUGUGCCUCAGACGAUACAGCAAUAUUCCUUUUUUUAAAUUUGUAGCCAGGGGUUCUGGCUCACAUUAGUCCUGGACAGUUCCAACAUAUGUGUAGACAGUGCCCCUUUUCUUCUGUUCUGCUGUAAAUAAUAGGGACAGGUCCAUUUAACAUCCCUUUUCCCCACCUCGAGGAAGUGAAAUAAUAUUGGAGCUGGUGGGAAGGAGGCUUGUAUGCAGAUAUAUUUGCUCUGUACAAAACCAACUUAAAUAUGUUAUAUUAGCAGGAAAUUGGACACUUUAAUAGAGAUCUUUGGGGAUUUUCUGUUUGUUUGUCUUUAAUGUACAUAAUACACAGAAUCACUACUGACUGGUUUUACGUCAUCCUGUGGAGGACUUGCAUAUCUACGUCUUGCGGAGAAAUGUUUUUACGUUUUUUUUAAUACGAUGGAUGACAAAAGCCUCCUGCUGAGAGAGGCCUUGUUUCUGUUUCUUUCACUUAACAUUCAGGCCUGUGUAACAGGAAUCACAAAGCCUGUAACAUAUUCCUUCAGGAAGCAGCGGCAAAGAAUCUACUCUCGUUAUUUCUUCCUUCUGAAACUAAACUGGAAUUUGUCUUUUUACAAAUUAGAUAGUAAAACUGAUUGACAGUCCUAAAUUUAUUACGAUUUUAAAGGGCUUCAACCGAUUUGGUAAAAAAAAAAAAAAAACAGGCGAGAGGGCAUCUCCAUUACCUGAUUUUAUGGAUUCAGAGGAAGACAUAAUGGAAGAAUAUGGUGGGUGUAUGGAUACAAUAGAGCCUGCAUUUCUUCUCUCUUCUGUUGGUCUCACUUGUUGAACGUGAAUGCUAGCCUAUGAAUAUAGGUAUUGUCAAAGGCUUUCAUGGUUGGAAUCACUGAGUGGUUGUGAGUUUUCUGGGCUAUAUGGCCAUGUUCCAGAAGCAUUCUCUCCUGACAUUUCACCUGCAUCUAUGGCAGGCAUCCUCAGAGAUUGUGAGAACCUCACAACCUCUGCAGAUGCCUGCCAUAGAUGCAGACGAAGCGUCAGGAGAUAAUGCUUUUGGAACAUGGCCAGACAGCCCGGAAAACUCACAACAACCCAGUGCAUAUAGAAGUGAAGAAAAUGUCCAAAACCAUUCUAUGCUUUCUUAUCUUGAGAAGAGGCCUUUAUGUAUUUGUGCUGCUGCUGCCUCGCUAGUGGCCAAACAGGAUGGCUAGAAUGGAAAAGGUGUCUACAGUAGAGUCUCACUUAUCCGAUAUUCCAUCUUAUCUGACGCUCCCCUUUUCCGCCAACAUCUCCCCUUCAAUUAAAGGAGCGCUCUCCAACUCUCUCACCAUUCCCAAUAAGGGAAAAAGGCAAGACACGGAGGAGGAGGAGAAAGCAAAGGGGGAAAAGAGGCAGGACUGGAAGCGGAAAUGUCCUCCCUCCUUCCCUCUGUGAUUUCCACGCUCCUCUUCCUCAUCUAGGCACUUCUUGCUGGGCCACUCUCACCCCGAGGUGUUGCCUCACCUUAACCCUUUGAGUCCGUGCUGUCUAACGCCGCAUUGGAUGGGUAACAGUAGGAGACUCCAUAUUAUCCAACAUUUCCGUUUAUCUGAUGUUCUGCUGGACCGUUUAUGUCAGAUAAGCGAGACUCUACUGUAUUUCCUUCAUGAAAUGCAUGGAAUAGUGGCUCUCCGUCUUUGGCCCUCCAGAUGUUCUAAACUUCCAAGUUCUUAGAAGCCCAUUCAGCCUGGCCAGUGUUUCUGAUUUGGGAAGUGGAUGUUGGCAAGAUCUGGAGGACCAACCAUUGGCAACCGCGACACUUAAAAUGGAUGUUCAGUAACCAUUGAGUUUGUUUGGACCAGUGGUUCUCAACCUGGGGUCCCCAGAUGUUUUUGGCCUUCAGCUCCCAGAAAUCCUAACCGCUGGUAAACUGGCUGGGAUUUCUGGGAGUUGUAGGCCAAAAACAUCUGGGGACCCCAGGUUGAGAACUACUGGUUUGGAGCUAGGAAUGUUUGGCCUUCCACAAUCCUCUUUCCUUGGCCAAACUGGGAAGAGACGAAGUCACAAAUGUGUGUAUAGCAAGCAUGGGCAAACUUUGGCUCUCCAGGUAUUUUGGGCUUCAACUCUCAUAAUUCCUAACAGUAGGAAUUGUGGGAGUUGAAGUCCAAAACAUCUGAAGGGAGGGCCGAAGUUGGACCAUGCCUAGUGUAUAGCCAUAACUUCCCCCUGGUUUUGGACCAACUGGAUUUAAAUUGAAGUUGGUCAUGACUAGUGCUUUAGUGGAGACUAAUGGAAAACAAUUCAAGCUGCUAAAAGCUUCUACUUGGUAGAGUUCUGCCUCCUAUGAAACCAUUGUCUCUGGUCAUCUUCCAUGCAAGACCAUGGGUCCAAGACAUCCCAACCUUAUGGGCUGCCUUCACACCUUUGCAUUCUCAUUCCAUCCCUCCUUUGACUGACCUCUUGCUCUGUGUUUGCCCCUCUUCCCUCACCCCUUUUGUGUACUCGAGCUGUGAUGUGGGUGGCACGGAUCUCUUCCACAAAGUGCAAGGAGAGAAGCUACUGUUGUAGACCAAGAGGUGGGGACACUGCUGAUUCUAGAUGGUGUACAAAAUCUCUGUAGAUGAAAUCAUUGCGUUGUAUAUCAGCCUUCCUAUCAAGAUUUUAUGGAAUAAAUUUUUUUAGAAAAGUA